AUGGUAAGCUACUACCACUACUACCAUACCAUUCGACUAACAAAAUACUUCGCCGACACGGCAUUCAAUGGAUCUCUCGGCCUAUUGACCUCAGUCAAUUCUACUCCAUUGGCUUGA